GGGAUACCAGAAGUAAUAAUACGAGAUUUUAGUAGAAGCUAUAUAUUUCAUACAUGCUUAUCCACAGAUAAACUGUGAUUGUGGACUAAAGAAACGAAGGUUUGGGGUUGGUGACAUACCAGUUCGUUAAUUAAUUCUGUGCCUUACCUUAUUUAGGUAAAACAGAGUAAUUUAGGCUAGUAAAUGGACAACAAACAGAGUAGUUGUUGGAUAGGCAUGCACACAAACAAAGCGCAUAUAGUAACAUAAAUAUAGUCAACAAGGGCAUGGAUAACAGAAAUAAGUAUAUAGAAAGUCACGAUUACUUGUAAGAUAUAUAGAAUUAUUAGGAAUGUAAGACGGACUCAAUAGUCACAUGGUGUCUGAUUUAUCAAUAUUUGUCCAACAAUUAGAAUACAUCCAUAUAGGAGAUGUGAAGGGUCACUAUAUCUUUACAUUGUGCUCCACCUCGAAAGUCUUCGUCCUGGAGUUGUUCCAGAAGUAAUUUACUUAAAAAUAGCCACAAAAUUCUCCCGACCCAGAACCUUGGACUAAAAAUACACUUGGUGAGUUUUCAGACCUACGUGUGAUCAGUAUCUAUAAAUCAUCCUACAAGAACUGAACGUAUUCCAAACUUAUUGGUCUUCGUUUCAUGAAUAAGUCCUCUAUGUUCAUGGUAGCCUGUAAGAAAAUCUAAGAUAUGUUGAGCGUUGGUUAAUUAAUAUAAGGUAGAUGACUUGCUGAACAAGUCAGAACUCGUGGAUGGAACUAGCUCAUGGAGUUAACUAACUAACCCAUAGAGUUAGAGUUUUUGUAAAAUUGAGGUGUAAUUACAAUCAAAUUUAGGAUAAGCAAAAUACAAAGUUUGAAACUAAAAACUGAACUUGUGACCUCCUUAACCAUCACUUACAUUUCAAAGUACUAACUAAAGCAGUUUGACUUUAUUUUAAGUGGUGUUGUGACCUGAUAAACGUCUGAGUAGUUAUCAUUGGAGUCAGAGCUGUUGCUUUAUUACGGAUUUGUAGUAGUUGUCAUCGAUGAUUAACCAGUGAAACUUGGUAAAAAAAAAUAGCAUUUCAUAUACUUGAUCGAAUUCCAUUUUGUAGGAACCACUGAGGCUACCUGAAUACCCAAACCAAAGCAGGCUAAUUCGCAUUUGAACCUAUAGACCGCAAAUUGACAGAGGGUUGCUUUGACUAGUAAGCCACUUUCCCACUCGGAAUAACUAAAUACUCACUGAACACAAUCUUUUCUUGUAAAUACUUGCAAGUUAAGAAGUGGUUUACUUUUGAAUUGACUUUGUAUUUAAACUAGUUAUACCAGUAAAAUCAAUUUAGGUAAAUACUAUUGAAUAUCAAAGAAGGGCAGUUAAUGUAUUAGUAUUUGUAAUAAGAAAGACCAAACAUUAAUAUUAUAGUUCGACAGAAUGUGAUGAAAAGAUACAUGUGAAGAAAUACUGGUAGUCAAGAUUUGGAUGGAGAUAAAAAAAUGAAUGUAUCUGUUCCACUGUGACCAAUCCUGAGUUGUGCCACCCAACGUCUUCGGCUACUGAUCGCGGUUGUCAACCAGACCCUGACCAAGUAGUCUACGCCUACCAAAGUAACUCGGAUCAGUAGACAAUGAAUUCUUGGGUUUCGCCAUGUUUUUUCGUAAAUAUUUUCGUGAGCAUUCUAAUUUUGCACAUUUAGUUUGUUUGCUGUAUAUUCGGUAAUGUUGUUCAGUGAACUUACUGUUUGUGACGAUUUACAUUUUUGACAAACUAUUUGCUAUCUUUGCUUUUUAUAGUAUGCCUAUCCACAAUAUUUCUUACCUGUUUCACAAAAUUUGAGAAAUGCUUGGAAGUCAAGUAUUAUGAGAACCUCACAGCCUACGCAUAUGCUCUGGUUUCAAAGAUAAAAUUUCAAACACAGAUUAAUAUAGAUGGGACUGAUAGGUAUUACGCACGCCAUUUGAUUGGCAGACGGACAUCUCUGUCAUAUUAAAAAUGGGCCAAGUUGACAAAAUCCUAACAAGGUUUCUUAAUAAGUGACGAGAUUUCUCCAGAUAACAACCUCUCAAGGCUGAUGGUACUUUUAAAUUAGAUAGGUGUUGAAAUUCCUCAGUCCGUAUGAUCGGUGUUCUGAAACGAAAUUCUACAUAAAGAGGGAGAGAAACAAGUCCCAUGCAUGCAUCGGAAUACUCUGCAUUUUGCCAGUGUUUUCACCAAAUAGCACGAUGUCACGUACAUAACUUUCUGUGAAGCACCUGAGUAUUUGUCUAUCGUUUCGUUAAUGGAUCGUUAACAUUUGUUCCUUAAUGGAUGUUUUUCAUUCUUCCUUAUCUGACUUUUCUUCACUCAUGAAAAUGCUGGGAAACAGGUCUUCGCACUAGAGCAUGAUCGCAAUUCAAGCAUGUGCUGUAAAAGAUGCAACAGUUUUCUGUCAAGCUUUUUUUACGAUAUUUGAUGUGAAUAUAGUCUCUUUGUGUUGAUGUUGUAGAUUUUCCGGUUGAACUUUGUCUCAUAUCAAGCUUGACGUUGACACCUUAAUAUUAAGUGAUAUUUGAUCAUAAUUGUAGGUCACCGUUUUCUGUUUAGUUGGUUGGGAUGAAAAUAUACCCGCUUAUUUGUUCAGCGUUGUUCACGACUAAUUCACCAGCUUGACUCGGCCUACCGACUUCAGGUCUAAUAUCAUAUGCCUCAAUGAUCGUUUCUGACUCCAUGACUUUCCGAAGGUCAUGAAGCUUCCAAUGAAAUGAUGCAGAAGCAUCAGCUUAUAUCUCCAUCUUCGUAGGUUCUUGCUGUACUGUCUAGCUGGACAGCUCAUAAACUAUUACGAAAGUAUUUAGCCUACUUUCAAUCUCAGUGCUACAUCCAUAUGUUUUGGUUUCAUUUGUUUUUUGUUAGGAACUACUCACUUUCUCAUCUCAUACUCAAAAAGCGGCAGAACAUUAUUAAGGUGGUUUUAUGAGUUCGUAGAAUUAAUCCGAUUACUUUGGCUUUACCAGUCGUCUUUUAAAAAUUACCUUGUCAUUCACUUGGUUCUGUUAUAGAGCAAAUAUUUUUGUCAUCAAGUAAUUUACAUACACAUGAUUGUGUGCAUAUGUUUGGAAGCCCGUUUGUGUAUAUAGCUAUAGCUUUGAAAUAUUAUCACUAAAAAUCAAUAAAGAACGUGACUUAUCACAUGUUUUGGUAUGGAUAAAUUGAUUUAUAUUUAUUGCUCCCACUGUUCGCCUUUAUGAAUAUAAACGUUUUGGCUUUCAGCAUCUUACCAACUAGUUUUUGUAUAUUGUGUUUUCUGCUCAAAUCUCAAACUAUUAUUAUCUUUCAGUAUAAUAUAAUUGGUUGUUUGUUGGCUUCACAGACAAACCAGCUGGCAUAUAUUUCAAUGUUUGCUGUUUUACACCAUUAACAUUAAUUUUGAUCACGUCACGAAGAGAUUCUGAUAGUCUGGGUAGAAAUGAAGGAACACGCAAUAUUUUAAGGAUGUUUCGCGUCGUAAUAUGAUAAGACCUAUAAAUUCAGUAAUUGAUGGUUCUUUAUCAUUUUUUGGCUUUGAUUCUCGUGAAACUACUAUUGAGGAUUGGAAUGAACGACGGUUGAGGUAUUUAAUAAAACGUUAUGGAAGCAUAAAAGGUGAUCGUUUAACAGUUCUGACUGCCUCUCCAGCUCUAUGCGAUAUAUCGAGAUCGUCGUUAAGACAUCGUCUGGCCUCAAGUUCACAUUCUGUACCAAUGAAGAUUAUCAAUAGACGAAAAGUCUCUUUUGCUAAUUCUUCUGUCGUGCCACCGAUUGAAUCUCAGAGACCGGUUUAUCUACGUGAAUUGAGUAGUAUCACGAAUUUUAGUCUCCCAGUUGCACCUGCUGCAACUUCUGCUCAUAAACCGCACGCAAUGAAAGUUAUCCUAUCAGCUAUGUGGAAUCGUCGAAUGUUACGAACUCGUAAAAAGUUGGAAGGCAUUGAAGUUAAUGACACUGGAUUUGAACGCUUUCAUUCAGCUCCAACUGGUAGAAUAUUCUUAUCAGAUACAACAGAUACUCAUUUUAACAAUGAUAAGUGGGUAGCUCUUAAAGAUGCUAAAAAUGAAGAAACACCAUUUCUAGCUGUAUCGUCAACAAUACCAGUCGGUGGUGAAACUAGUGUUAAUACUGUUAAUGAUAACAGUCAUAAUGAUAUAAUCAGUUAUGAUGCUUCGAUGGAGCAACAGAAAUCAAAUGAUAUUGUCGAUGGUCAUAAUGAUAAUGUUAUUAUUUCCCAAUGUAGUCCGUCAUCAUUUGAUCUACCUGCUACAUAUUCAUUUUUUCAACAUUCCAGUAGUUCUGCCACUCGAGAAAUAAUCGGUGAAAAUCGCCCACGAACAAGUACCACAGUAUCACCGAUAAAUUUUCGUCCUAGUCCAGUAGUAAUUCCAUCUCUUUCAAGGCGUUUAACUGAAAGCUUAUUGACUCCAACACGUUGGGCUUCAGCAAUUAUCUAUCCGCAUAAAGAUAAUUUUACAGAAGAUAUUUUUCGUAAUAAAACAACUGAAUAUAUAGAGUAUAGACCAUAUUUUACAUAUUGGAUAUCAUUUAUUCAUAUAUUGAUUUUUAUUGCUGGUUCAAUCGGUUACGGAUUUGCACCAAUUGGUUUGGGGAUAACUACACGUAUUGUUGGCAAAGUGUUACUGCCCACAUUGACUAUUGAUCAAGUUUGUUGGAUAGAAUAUGAAAAUUUAUGGAUAGGUCCAAGGCAAACAGAUUUAGUCCGAUUAGGUGCACGUUUUCCGCCUUGUAUGCGAUUCGAUCCAGUAUUACAUGAUUCAGUGAUUAAACGUCAAAAGAAAUUUGAUCGUGCUUCGGGAUGUUGUAUUCGUAAUGAUGGUGGUGGUUGUUAUCAGACGCAUAGAGAAGUAUGCUCUCGUACACUAGCUACAUGGCUUCAUUAUGAAACAGUUAAUUUCAGUAAGCCACAAACUAAAGAACUACUUUCGACUAAUAUUGCAGAUCGUGAAAUUCACGUACAUAUAUUGAAGGCUUCUCAUCCUGAAAAUAAUUCUCACAGUCAUAAUAAUAAUAUAUCAAGUAUUAUACAUUCUCUACGUUCAACACGACUUGUUGGUCAAGCUGGACCUGUAUGUGGAUUAGAUCCAGAUUUUUGUGCUCGACCACGUUCUAUUGGAGCAUUUGCUUGGUCCGAGACAGAUGUUACUAAAUGGCCUAUUUGUGAAUUACCUGAUACUGUACCAAAUAUGGGUGGUUAUGCACCACAUAUGGAAUGUCAAGUAACUGGUCAUCCAUGUUGUUUAGGCAUAAAAGGUGAAUGCAUUAUGACUACACAAGAACAUUGUGAUUUUGUUCGAGGAUUUUAUUAUCCAAAUGCUGCACUAUGUUCACAAUGUAUUACAUUUAAUCUUGUCCCUUGGUGUUCAAAUGAUUUUUAUGCGAGACUUGGAAAAAAUGAUUGGUUGGCAUCGUAUCACUUUAGUGUAUAUUUUAUCCGGUUGUAUUGGAAGUUUAACAUCUGGAAUAUUCUUACCAUAUCAAAAACUGGACCUACAGGUGCACAGUUCGCUUUACUUGGUGUCACUUUAGUUGAUUUUAUACAUUGUUGGAAUUUUUUAGCACAUCCAUGGUAUGCAUUACUAAGAAAUAUUUUACUGGUAUUUAUAUUAUUCACAUUUGGUUUGUUGCCAUGGAUUGAUAAUUAUGCAAAUGCUGGUAGUUUUCUAUCUGGUAUUUUAUUAUCAUUUAUUUUAUUACCAUUUCGUGGUUUCAUUUAUCCACCUGUAUCUCUUAGUGCAUCCAUAGCUACAUCAGUUAAUCAAAAUAUAUUUGAUAAUAAUUAUUAUAAUACACCUAUAACAUCACCAACAACACCAUCUAUUCUAUUUAAUUUCAAUUUACCUGAUAUAAAUCGUAAAAGUUGUACAUCAUUACAGCAUCAUUCCUCUAUGCAUCCACAAUAUCUUCAACAACAAUUACAAUUACAACAACAAAAUUCUAAAUGUCAUCAUCGUUGUUUUAUUAUUAUAUUAUGUUCCAUUCUAUGGUUAAUAUUAUGUAUUGGUUUAAUUCUUAUGUUUAUAUGGGGUCCAAUUAUUAAUUGUCGAUAUUGUAAUUAUUUUACAUGUUUACCAUUAACAUCAAAUUUUUGUGAUAAUUUACAAGUUAAUGUAAAACAACGAUCUGAUUGUAUUUUACCAAAUUGGAUUUAACACAAUUUAUUUUGUAUCAGAAUUAUAAUCAUUUCAAUAAUUGCUAUCAUAAGUCAAUUGAAGCUAGAUUAUCAUAGAAAACGUGGAAAUGACCAUCCAAUGCUUCUAGAUUUUCCAUAGUGCUCUAGCUUCAAUUAACUCAUGAUCUCAAUUAUUGAAAUUUUCAUAAUGUACAUCUUCAAUUAUACAAUAUUGAUCAAAUAUCAUGACGUUUUAACAGAUACAUUAAAGUAAUUUGUUUUUUAUUUUAUUAAAAUAAACUAUUUUUGG